AUUGAUUUUCUCGGAGGUGUUUCUGUCAUUAUCAGCUAAUAAAACGAAAAUGAGGAACUGUUUUCUCAAGCGAUUCCUCCAAAUUUCUUCUUCCUCUCGUUUCCUAAAUUCUUCUCGGCGCAACAAAGUUUCAGCCCCCUUUAUUGACAAGGAAGGUGAAACAGCUGAAUCUCUAAGGGAAAACCCUGGAUUUUCUUAUGGACUUAAUUGGGGUUUGGCUGGAAAAGGUGUGAUUGUGAAGGAUAAAGCUUUCCAAAAUUUGAAGUCUUCUGAGUUGCUAGCAAAAGGUGCAACCAUUGCAGAAACCUUGUCAGGGCUUCCACUUCAUGUUAGAGGAACUCUUGGGGGAAAUUCAACAAUUUCAAAGGCACAAUAUAGUAAACUUUUGAAGCAGGUCACAACUCACAUAUCAUCGGUCUCAAACAUUUUUGUCCAUGACGGGGCUAUCGGUUUAUCUCCGGAAUCUGAUGCUAAAGUUCGUGUGAUUAGUGACAGUCCAUCUGCCAUAUUGUCACUUUCAAGCGUUCUUUGGGAGACUCCUACUCGUGCUGUUUCCCAUGAUUCUUGUCCUUUAACCGUUUACAUUGCUACAUCAAUAAGUACAGCUGUCGAGGAUAUCAUAGGGCUUGGAGCUCAAGGAAAUAAUGGAUUUAUAGCUGCUGAUAUUGAACGAUCUUCACUUAUUUUAUGCGGUAAAGCAUUUGCUGAUAUAAAUGGAACUAAAUUAGCAUUAACUGCUUUAUCUGAGCCAGUUAUAUUUGCCCGUGGAGGCCUUCCACUAUCUGCGAGGCUCCUAGUAUCUUGCGAUUCUGUAGUUCUUUUGUUUGCUCCCGAGAAUGCCAUUCAGAGUUAUUCCGAUCUAUUGGUAUCUGCAGAUGCCAGUGUAGUGCUUUCUCCUCAAGGGGUUGCACCUUUGUUUCAAACCAAAAAACUAGAUGGCAUAAAUCCAUAUAGGAUACCAUCUGCUGUCAUCCUUGCAACAUCUGAUAGUUCUGGAACCAUCCCUUCUAUAUCAAAGCUCUCUCCAGGCCAAGCUGCUUAUCACUUUUUGGCUGGCUAUCAGAAUGGGGAAUUUGUGCCUGCUUAUGCUAAAGGUUCUUCCUCUAUUGGUGUAUUAGAUCUUGCAAAGACCCUUCUCUCCAAGUUGAAACAAUACCAGGUACGGACCGUCCUUGUUAAUGUCGAUGGAGGAGUAAAGAAUAUUACGGGCAAAGAUCUUGUGAAGUUGGUUACAUCAGAAAAGGUUGCUUCAUUUAGACUUAAAGGUGGAGAUCUUCAAAGGAAAUAUAAUGCCUUUUUGUCUUAUAAGUUUCAAGAUAUACCAGAAGAAUUCUCCUUCUGAGAGCCAACUCCCAUAAAAGUGUCUAUAUCCAAACAUAUCUAUUAAGAUAAAUCUUCAAAACAUACCCAUUUAAAAAAGAAAAAAAGAAAAAGAGAGAGAGCAUAUUUGUAUUUUGAUAUAUCCUUGUGUAACAAAGAUACCUUUAAAUCAUUUUUUUUAAUACGAUUUAACUAAAUUUGAUGGA